UCUCCAGAUUUAAAUGUGUAUAAAUGAUUGCUUAUCGAUGGCGUUAAUGAAACUGCACGUGUGUGGGCAAUGAAAAAAAAUAGAUUGAAAAGCUUCUCGGAUUUUCUUCCAAAACUUCUAACUUUUAGUAAAUUAUUAUCAUUUCACUGCGAGGCUAUUCUAUUUGAUAUAAAUGAACACCCGUGAUUUUGUUUUAUCGCAGCUCAUUCAUUUCACUUUACGUAGAAUUGAUUUGGUUUCGGCCUUUGUUACCAAAGAUUAGUUUUUAUGGGCUAAUACCUUUUGCCUACUUGAUGUUUUUCAUCAAAACAAUAAACGCCUGUCUUGCUGUAAACAUAGAACACUUAAUAUAUUUGAGAGCUGUAAACGUAUUGUAAACUCUAAAAUUUAAAAUGAAAUGAAUCGAAAAUAGCAUUUGAUCCACAGUCCCUGAGUCCACGUUAGAUACAAUUUUUUGAAUAUUUGACACGUUCAAAAUGCUGUGUUCAAAAGAGGAAAUAGAAAAAAAACGCCUGUCUGCAUUACACAAGAGACAAAAUAAAAUAAGUAACACGUCCACUAGUCCACUCAAUAAAUUAAAUAGAAAAACUUGUCCUUUAAGGGAUAAUUUGCAGAAAAACCUUCCAUAUUUGACACCAAGAUCGGACCAAACUACCCAAAAUGUACCGGUGACUAAAGUUGUCACCGGAAAUGUAUAUUUAAUAUCAGAAGACAGAUUCGAAGUGAAUCCAUCAGAAUUUUGUGCACCGCUUAUAAAUAUAUUUAAAACAAUACCGUCAAGGAUAUAUGCCGACAAAACAAAAUUAUGGAAUUUUUCAAUAGAAGACUACAAUCAGUUAAUGUCUAAAGUUGCUCCAUUAGCUCCUCAUGUUGUGCUUGGUGCCAUUCCUCCAUAUGUUUUAAAGAUAUUGAAAGAGCAAACAGUGGAUCCAAAGAACAUAGAUUUAAUGCCAAUAGAGUCUACAAUCAGACAAAAAUUAUUGCCAUUUCAGGAAGAUGGUGUCAGAUUUGGCAUAGCUCGUCACGGUAGGUGUAUGAUAGCAGAUGACAUGGGGCUCGGCAAGACUUACCAGGCACUCGCCAUAGCAAGCUACUACAGGCAUGAAUGGCCACUUCUUAUUGUCACAACAUCUUCAAUGAGAGAAACAUGGCAGAGAACUAUUCACGAUCUGCUUCCUUCCGUUCCAAUGAUGAACAUAGCCGUCCUGAGUAGCGGUAAAGAUGUUAAUAUUAUUGCCGAUAAACAGACCGAAGUUGUGAUAGUGAGUUACAAAAUGACAAGCAUGCAUACAGAGCUGCUGCAGAACAAGAAUUUCGGUGUUAUCAUUAUUGACGAGUCGCACCACCUGAAGUCGGGGCGGGCGCGGUGCGUGGCGGCGCUGGGCCGCGUGGCGGGGCGCCGGGCCCGCGCGCUGCUGCUCAGCGGCACGCCCGCGCUCAGCCGCCCCGCCGAGCUGUACGCGCAGCUGGCGCUCAUCCGCCGCGACCUGUUCCCCUCCUACACCGAGUUUGGGAAAAGGUAUUGUAACGGGAAACAGACGAGCUUCGGCUGGGACAUGUCGGGACAAUCCAACCUCGCCGAGCUGCAGGUGCUGCUGCAGAAGUUCCUCAUCAGGAGAACCAAGGAACAGGUGCUCACGAACCUGGAAGAGAAGAUAAGAGAAUCAGUGCUGUUGGACAGCACCCUGCUCAGGUACAGCGCGGAAGACGAGGCGGGUCUCUCGCAGCUGGCCGACACGUACCGCUCGACCAGCAAGGCGGAGAAGCACGCGGCCCUCAUCAACUUCUUCAGCGAAUCGGCUCGAGUCAAACUGCCAGCCAUUUGUAAGUACAUAAAGCAGUUACUGGCGGACGAAGCGACGGGCAAGUUCCUAGUGUUCGCGCACCACAAGAUCGUUAUAGAGGCCAUAUGCGCGACGCUGGACGAGGCGGCCGUCAACUACAUCUGCAUCGCGGGAUCGACGCCCGCACACUCGCGCGCCGAUCUAGUGGACCGGUUCCAGCACAGCGCGUCGUGCCGCGCGGGCGUGCUGUCCAUCACGGCGGCCAGCGCGGGCAUCACGCUCACCGCCGCCGACCUCGUGCUCUUCGCAGAGCUGCACUGGAACCCAGGGAUCCUGACGCAGGCGGAGUCCCGCGCGCACCGGCUGGGUCGUGCGGGCGCAGUGCGCGUGCGCUACCUGCUGGCGGCGCGGACGGCCGACGAUUACAUGUGGCCCCUGCUGCAGAGUAAACUCAACGUGCUGAACGACGUAGGUCUAAGCGAAGACACCUUCGAGACCACCACGAUGAAACAUCAGGAAAGCAAUAACCGUAUAACGCAAUACCUCACGCCGCCGAAACGGCCUAAAAACAAAAACGACUACAUUCCCGGAACGAACAUCAGGAAAAAUCCCCUCAAGUCUCUCGCAAACACAUCUGGCAACACAGAGCAAGUCACGUCAAAUGUGACGUUGACAGAUGAAAUGGACUGGGAUUCUGACAUUGACAUUAAUAAGGCGCUGGCAGAUGAACUGGAUAAAUCGUUUUUCGAUGAUCAAGACGGUGAUGAGAUGCUGGCCAAUAUUGAUAUUUGAAAUUGAAAAAAAAACAUACUAAUUAUUCCUUAAUUAAAGAUGCAUACUAGAACUAUUGUUAGUUCAUAUAAUAGAAUAUAAUAUUUCUGAUUGCUUAGAUCUUCGUGUCAAAAUCACUUUAACAUAUUGAAACAAGUAUAAAUCUAAAUUACAAUAUAACACAAGCAGGUACCUAGUUAAUGCACGUUAAAACACUAAGUGGAAAAUGAAUUUCUGAUAAUGUAAGAAUUUUUGUUUUAAGAACCAGUUCAUUUAAGUAUGUGUUUAUGUAUAUAUUUAGUUUUGACAACUAAUUAAUAUGAAUCUAAUAAAGGUCAGAUGAGUCGUCUAUUAUCAAAGGUGGCAAUCUGUGCAUUUGGACAAAAAAUUUUUAUUGAUAUGUCAAUACAGAUUGAUUUGAAUAUAAUCGUCUACUUCAAAGAAUACGGUUCAAAACCUGCAUUAAAUAAAGGUUAAUACUUAACCUGUUAUUUAUCUAAGAUGUCGUUCCGAAGAGUUUUGUGACUGCCAAUGGAAUACAAAGUCAAUAAUUCGUUUUUCUGAUUUACCAAUCAUUGUCCAAAAGUCAGAUUGCCGGCUUUGAUAAUAGUCGACUCAGAUAACGUUACCGUACAAACCAUUAUUUUGUAAAUUCCAUUUUAGGUAACGAUUAACGGUAGGGCGUCGUGUGAGCCCACAUCCAGAAUGACGUUGAUGGGUUUCGUGACCUGGUUCUUUAAUUGGAGAUAUUUAUAUAACUGUAUUAGUUUCAUUUAGUUAGAUACAUUAAUAUAACUAAUGUUAAACUAAAAUUAACUAAAUAUAUAUAGCUGGAAUCGAUCAGAGCAUAUUAAAACAACGGUAUGGGAGUUUGUCAUUUAAUUUUCGAUUAUUUUCGUGUAAUUUGUUAAUUAAAUAGUUUAUAUUUAUUUUUUUGUAAUGUUACACAUGGUAGUCAAGAGGCUGAAUUGUCAAUAAUAAAAAAAGGUAAGCGUGAAAAUUGUUUUUCUUCUAUCUAGAACGAAUACAGACAUUGUACAUGUGAGAAAUUUUGUGAUAAUUGAAGACAUGAGUGGAUGAAGGGGAUAUGAUACAAUGUGCUAAUUUUGAGAAAAGGGUCAACAAACUUUUGUUACCUGCUUGUACUUUUUCUUCGUAUAUAACUCCCUCAUCAAUAGCACAAAAAUAGCAUUUAAACCUGGAACCUUAAGGUCUAAUAUGGUUUAUAGGCACAUAACACUUUCAUUCAAUGUAAAAAGUCAAAAAUCUUAAAAAUAUUACUUAACCCAUUCAUCUAUUCAUGUCGUCUUCAAUUAAAAAAUAAAUUUUUGAGAUUUUUACAAAAUAAAAAUUUAUAAGUAUUCUGA